AGGAGUUUCACGCUUCAAAGCAUUGGGUCCGAUCCACAGUUAUUAAGUCACGGAGGCGUAAAGUGCUGUACUGUAAAAGAAGUUGGAGAAAUUCUCGAGAGUUGAUCAUCUGGCUCUAGUUUUCGCCUAAAUACGUCAACUAAUGUCACUACAGGCUAGUCAUUGGUGUGGUGGUUAGGCACCUCGGGAGCAUCUGUUCUACUCGACGAAAGGAAUUUUACCCGCUAUAAAAUCAAUUCGUGCUGACGAAAACAAAGGCGUAAGCAAGAAGUGGCGUGAUUUCUUACUACGUUAUCUCUAAGGAGCAGAACACAGAAGUGAAAGCUUUGCUGGUUCGUCACAAGUGGCAGUAGAGAAAUAGGACUGAAAUAUGCCCGGCCGUGAUUGCAGUGCGAUGGCGACCGUGUGCGGCAGUCGCGAGAUGAGCCAUCAUCCCGUGUCGUGUGACACGUUCGUCGUAUUGCCGCCGCUGACAGAGCACGGUGGUGUCGUCUUCGGUAAGAACUCGGACCGGCCCCGCGGCGAGGUACAGGAGCUGGUCUACUUCCCCGCCGCUGAUCACCCGGCUGGCUCCAAGCUACAGUGUACGUACCUGGAGAUCGACCAGGUGGAGCACACGCAGGCGGUGGUGCUCAGCAAGCCGGCGUGGAUGUGGGGUGCCGAGAUGGGUGCGAACGAGGCGGGCGUGGUCGUCGGCAACGAGGCGGUCUUCACGCUGGUGGACGACGGCAACGAGGAGGAGCGCCUGAUCGGCAUGGAUCUCGUCAGGCUGGCCCUGGAGCGUGCGACGACGGCGGAGGAGGCGGUGGAGGUGGUGACGCGGCUGCUGGAGCGGCACGGGCAGGGCGGGCCCUGCUCGGACUCGGACCCCGGCUUCACCUACCACAACUCCUUCCUGCUGGCCGACCCCACACAGGCCUGGGUGCUCGAGACCGCCGGCCGCCACUGGGCUGCCAAGAGGUUCACGUCCGGCUUCCGCAACAUCUCGAACGCCCUGUCACUGUCUGACGACUACGACCGCUGCUCGGAGGGCCUGGCGGACGUGGCGACCUCACUGGGACGGUGGGAGGGCAGCGGCCGGCCACCGUUCGCAGAAGCCUUCGGCUCGAAACCCGGCGAUGGGCGCUACCAGAGGGGGAAGGAGCAGCUGGAGCGCCUCUCCGGGGGCGGAAAGUUUGGCAUCAAGAGCAUGUUCGAGGUGCUGCGCGAUGUGGACGGAGGCAUAUGCCGCCCCGUCACGUGCGCAUUUCCGACUCAGGGCAGCCAGGUUUCUGUGUUGAGUCCGCCCGGCAGCGGGAAGCCGCACUGCCACUGGUUCACCGCAACUCCAGACCCGCGCCACUCCGUGUUCAAGCCGUUCAUCUUUACACCGGCCGUGCGGAUAUCGCGCCUGACCGUCAGUCCUACAUUCGACCCGGACCCGGCAAAGGUAGUGCCACGCUUCCAGACACCCGUCGACCGCGAGCACACGCUGUACCGCCUGCACGCGGCUGUGGCGGCGAAGGCGGCUGGCGGCUGCGAGUGCCCGCCGGUGCUGAAGCUCCUGCGCCAGAUGGAGGACGACUGUGUCGCCGAGGUGGAGGCGUUCGUCGACGGCUUUUCGCGCGGGGAGGGUGACCUCUCGGAAGUGGACGACCUGCUCAAGGACUGUGUGGAGACGGAAGUGAAGUUCUACAAGUAAGGUGGCCGUUUGGGAGGGGGCCAGUGUCAGUGUGCCCACUGUCGCCCCCUGCCCUUAGCUGCCAGAGUAGUCCGUUCCCACAAAAUAUACAGAAUAUGUACUGCUGGUGAAAGUGCAGUGGGGGAACGGUAAACGUCAAACGGAGACUGCUGCAGUAGGAACUACUCUCGCCGUGUCUUUGUUAACCCAAAAAUGCCUCUGGCCCAGUGGUUACGUUUCCCUAUUCUCGUAAGGGAUCUGCCUUUGUGACGAGUACUCCGUCAUCUACUACAGCUCUGAUGACUGUUCUGAAAUGGUGCAGUGUCUUUCCUCUACAGUUAUCCACUUCGUAGUUUCUUCACGGCAGAGGACAGAAAAUGUAUGAAGUACUGCAGGAGAAACACCUGUAACUCUUCUGCCGCCAAUACCGAAACGUUUACUUGCGCAGCAUUUAAAUCUCGGGGAUGCCGUUGUGUGCACUCUCUCUGACAAACCGUAAAUGCCACACUGCGUACAUUUGCUAUUACUUUAUAGUAUUAGCUUACAUUAAAUUCUCGUGAUGACUGGGUGUUGUGUGCUGUCCUUAGGUUAGUUAGGUUUAAGUAGUUCUAAGUUCUAGGGGACUGAUGACCACAGAUGGUAAGUCCCAUAGUGCUCAGAGCCAUUUGAACCAUUUUUACAUUAAAUUCGUGUUUUCGUGAGCCAGCCAAUCUUGACUGGAUCAUAACGUGGUGUUUAUCUCUGAUAAACUGUUAUUGUAAUUUGAUUACUGUCCUUAGUGCAGUUACCGCAGUCGUACAAAUUUUAUGAAGUUUCUUAAUUCUGCCCUCGGGUACAAUAUUGGCCAACUUCUGUCUAAGUGCUGUUGACUUUCGUGUAGACAGUCCACUGUAUUGCCCAGUCACAAACGUACGGUGGGCAUUAUAACGAGAAGACCUUACACCAGUUGUUCACAUAACCACUUACACACAAUUCUUCAUUAGUCUUUUACUGACUCUGAGCCAUUUGGAACUUCAUCGUGGCCUGACCUGUAGUUCAGUAUGGGAAACCUGUUUAAAAGGUUAGUCCACUAUACGUAUCAGUAGGUUGCAUAAAGUAUUCUACUUCCUGCUGCAGAGAGGGUUCAUUAUUGUAGGUCUAACUGAAGCUACUGAAUGAAACAAAUUCUCGACUAAACGUUUAUCUUUUGUUAUCGUUUUAAUAAUACACGACUGCUACCGAGCCCAUUGUAAUACACGGAUCUUGAUGCAAGAAUGCACAUUUGCUGGCAAUUCAAAUUAUCAGGUUCAAACACAAAGCACAUUCUCCCAGUACUAGCCAACACGGAUAUAGAACUCGUUGCCUGCGUCCGAAGAUCCACAAGUUUUAACAGUCACUAAACAUUUUGAAUUUCCAGCAGUGUUACCAGAUUUUUGUAGGCUUCUCAUUAACUGCCUCAGGUCACAUGUAAACAGUGGACAGGAACAGUGGUUUGUUGAUAUGUGGGUUGAUGGUAAUAUUGAUACGUCAUAAAUAUCAGUUCACAAUGUACAUAACCUCCCACACAUUUAAUGUCAGUGUGUUCUUACAGUUAAAAAGGCUGUGACGGUGACGUGUCCAUGUCAGAGAAUUUUUCAAGCUAGGCCUGUCCUGAAGCACAGUCUUUUGGAGUAUACUAUUUGAUAAUGGUCUUCAGGCAAACAUUUCAAUGGUGAAAAUAAUUUCCGUUGUGACUGGAAAAAAGAUGUCUUUCAAAAAACCGUUAUUUACAGAUGCUGCCCAGCAUUACAUGUUUUGGCUUAUGCCAGCAUUGGGAUCUGAAAGAUAAGAAUAAACAAAACAAAUAAGAAGCAAUUUCGUACAAAAAGAUAAAAUUCUUCGUAUUUAUGAAGUUAAAUGUAUCACAGGUAACAGGA